AUGAAGUUAUUAAAUAUAGCAUUAUGCAGUAUUCAGUACAGCAGUUACACACACAAGCAGGGUAGACACGGUUUAUCUACUAAUGUAACAACAGCAUUGACACCAGAGCUACAGGCAUCAGGAUUUACAUUUUUUUAUUUAGCAACACAGCAUAUAGUAGAAUUUAAGGAUGCAUUCUACGUAGUUAGAGGUGAAUUUAGAUGCUGGAUCAAUCCAAAUCAGCUCAAUACCGAAUAUGCUGAGAUGGUAAAGAGGGAUUAUUUGAAAGUUUGGAUUAAGAUAUUAAGGCGAGAUUUUGUUAUAGAUCUGAGUGAAUACGUAGUAAAGGAAUUGGCAUUGGAUGCAUCAUUCCGUAAAAGAGAAUAUGAAAUCGAUCACAUAUUUGUGAACAACGAAGGUGAUGUACCUUCUAGACUAUCAUUCACUAUCAAUGUUGCUAAGUUGAGCUAUUGUGACGUAAAAGAGAACUUAAAAUGGAGAGAAGCCAAAUACAACAUAAGAGAAAUGGAAUUAACUACGUUUAGAUUAGAUCAAUAUAAGGUGUUUUAUCACUUUGCGAAGAGAAUAGGCGUUGUUGGAACAAUGUUAAAAUUGUUUUUUUGGGAUAAGGUAGCAAUUGGGUCAAUUGCGCUUGAACAGCCUAGCGAAAGUGAUGAUGAAGAUGAGAGUGAUGAGAGUGAUGAUUCGUCGUCAGAUGCAGAAGACCCAACAGCACCAUUGGCUGAUUUGUCACUUCAAGGGAGAACUAAGACACCUGAAAAAUCGUGCUUAAAACAGCCAGGUGCAAAACGAGCUAAGAAGGUAGCAUUUAGAGAUGAUUCAGAUGUUAAAACGUAUAGACUCAAGUCGAUAGCAAGCAAAACUGCUGCAAAUCCAAUAAUAAAACAACCACUUGCAAGUGAAGAUGUGGACAGGCAGCCUAUAAGAAGACGCAAAUCAAAAGAAAAAACAGCUGAAGAAACUGCGGCAAUAAAAAACAGAAAGAGGAUUCCAAUGUUUCCGAAAUGCAUUCUAGCUGAAAAUGAGACAUUUUUUAAGCACAGUGAUUCAGAACAGCCUGGUUUGAGUUUCUUAGUUGAGAUUUAUACUACAGAACAGACAGACAAGGAGGAAGAGGAAGGUGCUGUUGGUGGAGUAGACGACGGAAAUGAUUGA